CUCCGAACCAUCACUUUAACAUUUGAAAGGAUAAAAACCAGCAAAUGCUUAGCAUUUUUGCUUUAUUCAACUACUUUAAUCAGCGUUGAUAAUUAGCUUGCCAUCUACUAACUGAUUCAUUGUUUCAGCUCUACACUAUUUGCAAACCUGAGCGACAGUCUCUCACUGAGGGUAAGUUUAAUUAUUCCCUUGUUUUUUUUAAACUUACAAAAAUCCUCUUCAUGUCUUGAUAACAAUAGUAUGAACUUUGGCCAAAAAUGAAACUUUAUGUUUACGUGUUGUAGGAAAAUGAGUUGCAGAGGAGAUGAGCCCCCCCCCCACACACACACACACCUUGAGCUGAAUCUCUUCCUGACAGUUUUCUGAGCUGUGACUUCAGAGCCUCCCUGCUGCAGCUCCCCAGAGCCACGGAAGUUUCCUGCUUAGUAUUUAAUUGUAUUCGAAAUCCGGCGUUGUGAGAUGAUGAAAUGAUGCGUUGAGGUAGUUAACCCCCCACCAGAUGAAACCCUCGGCGUGUGGCAUGGCGCUGCGCUGGUGUGAGUGAACAGAGCCGCCUUAAAGGAGGCAGCCCGUUGGUGACAGCGUCAGAGAGACAGACCCGCCGCUGGUACAGCGCUGCUCCGCUCCGCCGUUUCAAAUCUCCAUCUGCGCUGCUGCUCUCCUCACUUUUCUUCAGCUCAUGUCUCGCCUGCAUUCACGGGAGUAGCUUAUUUCAGCCUCUUCGCAGACACGUUUCACUGAGCUGUGCCAGUUAAUACCUGAGCCAAAUCCUUGCCUCAGGGAGAGAAAGGUCUGAAUGUCAUUGAGCUUGGGAAAAGACAGGGCUGAGAAGGGACUUUGGCAUUUAUCCCAGCGACAAUAAAGGAUUUAACUCUAAAAGACAGCUGUUAAAUGGUUCCACCCUGUGUGAGGAGGUCUCUGCUGCUGUUACUUCACAUCCAGGCCUACCCCACCCCUCCUCCCCCUCUGCCAGCGCAGGGCAGCCACAUAAGUGUUGGCUUGAUUCCAGGGAGGCUCCGAUCCUGCAGCCACGUCAAUCACGUCUUCACCGCUGGCUGCGGGGCGGCCCUCGUGGCCGGGAUGCCACUGUGUACCGUGCCAGUCCACAGUGGACAUUGAGGGACAGGAGGAGGGGACCGAGUGCAGGAGACUGAGAGGAGGCCCGCACCAAACAGGAGAAAUGAACCUCUGCUGGAAUGAGAUCAAACGCAAGUCCCACAACAUCCGGGUGCGGCUAGAGGCCUUCUCCGAUAACAGCGGGAAGCUGCAGCUCUCUCUGCAGGAGAUCAUUGAAUGGCUGACAGCCAAGGACGAGGAGCUGUCAGAGCAGCUGCCCAUAGGAGGCGACGUCGGGGCCGUCCAGCACCAGAGGGAGUUCCACCAGGUAUUCAUGGAGGAUGUCAAGUCUCACGGGCCGUUCAUCUACUCAGUCUUGGAGUCUGCCCAAGCCUUUCUGGCUCAGCAUCCCUUUCAGGAGCCAGAGGAGACCCUGACCGAUGGAAAAGAGGUGUCUCCACGCCGGCGAAUCUUAAAUGUGAGCCGCUCAGUGUGGAAGCAGGCGAACGUGGCCAGUGACCUGUGGGAGAAGCUGACGGCACGCUGUGUGGACCGCCAUAGACACAUGGAGAGGACUUUAGAGCGUCUACUCCAAAUCCAGGCAGCGAUGGAGGAGCUAGCAGUGGCCCUGGAGCAGGCAGAGGGGGUAAGAGACGCCUGGGAGCCCGUUGGAGACCUCUUCAUCGACUCUCUGCAGGACCACAUAGACGCAACUAAGUUAUUUAAGGAGGAGCUGACCCAAGUGAAGGAGGGCAUGAAGCACAUCAAUGAUUUGGCCCACCAGCUGGCUAUCUCCGAUGUCCAUUUGUCGAUGGAGAACACCCGCGCCCUGGAGCAUCUCAACAGCAGAUGGAAAGUGCUUCAGGCUUCCAUAGAAGAACGGCUGAAGCAGCUCCAGGAUGCACAUCGAGACUUUGGCCCCGGAUCGCAGCACUUCCUUUCCAGUUCAGUGCAGAUACCGUGGGAGCGUGCCAUCUCCCCGAACAAAGUGCCGUAUUACAUCAACCAUCAGGCCCAGACAACGUGCUGGGACCAUCCAAAGAUGACAGAACUGUAUCAAGCACUGGCGGAUCUGAACAACAUCAAGUUCUCAGCAUACAGAACAGCCAUGAAGCUGCGGCGAGUUCAGAAGGCUCUGAGAUUGGAUUUAGUGGCACUGAGUAGCCUUGGGGAGGUGUUUCGGGAGCAGGUGCUGCAGCAGGGGGAGCAUGUGAUGGACGUGGUGGAGAUGAUCCACGGCCUGACGGCUCUGUAUGAGAGGUUGGAGGAGGAGAGGUCCAUCCUGGUCAACAUUCCACUUUGUGUCGACAUGUGUCUCAACUGGCUGCUCAACGUCUACGACAGUGCUCGUAAUGGCAAAAUGCGAGUUCUCAGCUUCAAGAUGGGAUUGGUGAGCUUGUGCAAUGCAGACGUCCAAGAGAAGUACAAAUAUUUAUUCCGUCAGGUGUCUGGUCCUGGAGGUUUGACAGACCAGCGUCACCUCAGCCUGCUGCUCCAUGAAGCCAUCCAAAUCCCCCGUCAGUUGGGUGAAGUCGCUGCUUUUGGGGGCAGCAACGUGGAGCCCAGUGUCCGCAGCUGCUUCCGUGUGGCCCCAGGGAAACCUGCAAUUGAGGUGUCUCACUUCCUGGAGUGGAUGAGCCUGGAGCCACAGUCAAUGGUUUGGCUGCCUGUCCUCCAACGUGUGGCUGCUGCAGAGUCGACCAAGCACCAGGCCAAAUGCUAUGUCUGCAAACAGUGUCCCAUCAAGGGCUUCAGGUAUCGCAGUCUGAAGCAGUUCAAUGUGGACAUCUGCCAGACAUGUUUUCUAACCGGCCGCACUACCAAGGGAAAGAAGCUGCACUACCCCAUCAUGGAGUACUACACACCAACAACCUCGGGAGAGAAGAUGAGGGACUUUGCCAAGACUCUGAAGAAUAAGUUUAGGUCAAAGCAGUAUUUCACCAAGCAUCCGCAGAGAGGUUACCUGCCGGUGCAAUCUGUGCUGGAAGCCGAGAGCUCGGAGACGCCAUGCUCUUCGCCCAAGCUGCCUCAUGCAGACACACACAGCAGGAUUGAACAUUAUGCCAGCAGAUUGGCGGAAAUGGAGAGCCAGAACUGUUCAUUCUUCACGGAUAGCCUGUCUCCCGAUGAAAGUCUGGAUGAAGAUCAGUACCUCCUGCGUCACUCCAGCCCAGCCCUGGACCAUGACUCACCUUGCGGACAGCACAUGUUGUUGGCCCACCUGGAGCACCAGGACAAGGAUCAGCUCCAAUGCACCCUGGCCCGCCUGGAGAAUGAGAACAGGGUGCUGCAGAGCGAGUACAGGAGGCUCAAGUGGAAGCACGAGGAGGCGGCGUCAGUUCCCAUGCUGACUGAGGCUGGAGAGAGCGGCCCAGGUUCACCCACGGAGGGAGGACAGCAGGAUGAGGAGCUCCUGGCCGAGGCACGGGUCCUCCGGCAACACAAGACACGCCUGGAGACCCGUAUGCAGAUCCUGGAGGAUCACAACAAACAGCUGGAGUCCCAGCUUCGUAGGCUCAGGGAGCUACUGCUACAGCCCAAAGAUGACUCGGAGGCGAACGGAUCAGAGCCGUCAACUCUGUCUUCUCCCGUGUCUGGAGGGGGUCACCAUGGGGAACCUGCCAGCAGAGAGACCACUGAUACUGAAGCAGCAGGAGAUGAUAUGGAGCACGAACAGGAUACGGUGCUGCAGCUCCAGGAAGUCAUCGAGCAGCUGAGAAACGUCUUCCCUUCAGAACCGGGCACCACCUCACACAUCUAACCCCAAGUGGGCCUGGAGGAGCAGAGUGAAAACCUGAACAUAUGCCUGAUGGCAGAGGGAGGAGCUCCACACAUCUGUGGUCAGGCCACAGUACAACGGGCCCUAUGAUCAUUGCAGCAGCUAUGAUACCCAGAGCUAACCCUUGACUGGAAUCUGUGCACUAAAAGCCUUUUUCAUGCAAACUGAUAAAGGCUCACGCUGAUGUCCGUUUGGCCAGGCUGUGCUUCAUAAUUUCAGUGGCACAGCCUGACACCAUGUUAACGAGCCAAAGGAAACUAACGUUAGCAGCAGGUCAGGGAGAGACUGAAGUAAUGGCAAGUGCCCACUACAGGACUUUAGCCCUGAUUUGCUGUUUUCCGCUCACCCACAGUUUUUGGAGCUCCCCGAUAAAAGCCCCAUAUUGUAGGCAAAUUGACAUUGGCUUGGCACUUGCGUACACAUGCUCCAACGUGAUGUGUGAACUGUUCAAAACGUGAGAUGAGGCUCGCUGGUUACCUUGCACGGCAUCUGGAUUAUCACGAGAUCAUGCGAGAAUUGCUUCAAGUAUUGCGUUUUUUUUGUCUGAACUACCAGCUUUCUGAACCAAUCGGCGUCCACUGAGGAGCUACUGGCAGCUACGGGCGUGAUUUAGGUGUGCGCGACCGCCACGACUGUUCGUUCAAAACAACAAUAGCAGACGUGAUAGAUAGAUGGUUCAUCCAAUCACCUGCCAGGUAGUUUUUGAAAGUGCCUGCCCUUUUCCAAACAGUUUCCAAUGACGGUUUCUCAGAUGUUUCUGUGUAAAAAAAACAUCUGGCGCCUCAGGUUAGCUUGCUGGUGCCUCGCAGACACAUUUCAGGUAUCUAGCAGGCUAAAUAUCUGGAGCUGUCGGGGACUCUGCCAGGGAGCUACAGCCAAUGAGAGCGCAAGACACAGGCUGAGGGGAAACAGGGGGGAAGGGUCGCCUGUACUUUAUUUACUGUGAGUGUUGCAUUUCCUACACGGACCAAAGUUGUUGUUGCACGUAGAGAAAAGAUGUGUGGAAACAGGCUAUUUGUGAACAUGUGUGCCAGCCACAAUCCCACCUUUAAAGGCGCUCUCUUUCUUUUUCUUCUUUGUUUUAUCACUGCAAAUCAGCCACCAACCACUCGGAGCGCUUGUUUCUGGCGCACAUCCAAAAAUCCUGCCUCGCGUAUGGUACAGUAUUACGUCAUGUCGCGUGUCACUUCAAACUAGACUAGACUCGGGAUUCCUCCUGUGUGUGAGCCCCUGUCGCCGGUCAGUCAGUUAGCGUGAAAACAAACAACAAAACAGCAAGUUGUGUAGUGUGAAUAGUACAGUGAACUGGUGACUUUGAAAGUCUUGUAGUGGGAACUUAGCUUAAAGUAACAUGCCCAGCCAAGACACUGUGCUUACCAGUAUCUAUGUAGUCGUUCAGAGGUGUGAAGCUUUAUAUGUCCACAGCACAAAUUGGACCGUCCUUAAGGAGAACUUUAAAAAUAAAUGCAAAAAGGAAGAAGAAGAAUAUCCCCUUGUUUUGUCAGAAUGCCUGUAUCUUCAGUGUUUUUUUUCUCUCCUUGAAUGUGUUAUCAUGGUUGUUAUUUUUUUGUUUUUUGAAGGCAGGUUGGUGAGUUAAAGCUUGUUAGAGUGAACUAGAUCAGGGCUGGGCUGACUGUAUUUCAUGUGGCUGCAUAGUGCAGGUUGUCAGGGAGUUGACAGCACCCACAACAAGCUUAUUUACUUUAUGAGAAUGACACAUCAUCAGUUAAAUCCAUGAUUUAUUUAAGACAGCCAAAGUGCCCGCUAGCACGGCGCCUCUGUAUGCACACAUUGUGUUUCUCUAAUCCUCUCAAACUGCUUGUCGCUCUCAUUGCUCGCCUCUCCUGUGAGCCCCUUACGCUCAUACAGAACCACUUGCACUUACCGUACACACACACACACACACACACACACACACACACACACACACACACACACACACACACACACACACACGUAUGCUGUUACAUCCACACAUCCUAUUUACAUUGCACCCUUCCCACAUUGUGCACAAGCUCCCUGCAUGAUCAAUAACGUGCUGUGCUGCAUCGCAAAAAAUACACUUCAAUACAAAAAUGGAGAUCCAUUUCAUCUCUUUGGCUUGUGGGAUUUAGACACACUCUCAGUUUUGAGCCAAUUUAUAUUGUGGCUGAAAUCGGAUUUUGUUGAGGAAAUGUCUGCCGAUAAAUAUCAUCAUGCAGGCGUCCACUCUGGGAUCUGAGCGUUCUACUGCUGUGUGCAGAGAAAGAGAAGGAAGGAACUCCAGGCGAUAAGAGCUUCAAGGCUAAAGCUCUCUCUCUCUCUCUCUCUGCUAGGCCAAUUCCAGACACUACAGGGGGGAACAAGGCACCACCAUAAUGUGUUCCUACACUGACAUGAUCCUUAAUAAUCCCUCUUCUCCAUGUAGAUUUGCAAAGAACACUAGCUAUUGAUUCUACAUGCCUCAUUUUCCCUCGCUAAUUGCGUUUAGAUUUACAAAAAGACGCUGAAAUGACGUUGCCCUCAUCCUAUCAGGGUCAAAGGGUGCGUUCUGUUCUAAACAUAGCACAGUCAGUGAAUGCCUUAAAACGAAACUGAAUCCAUAUUAAACAAGAGUUUAGACUUUCUGGACUGCAUUGUGUUUUUAUAUUCAGGGAAGGAGGUUGCAUCAGGAGUGUGUGUUUGUGCAUCAGGAGUGCGUGUCUGUGUACCACUGUCUGUCAGUCCCUGGACAGGCUGGUGGUUUAUUUGGGCUAACAGGAAGCAUGGAAAAAAAAAAUGGAUCACAGCGCAUGAAAAUCCAUACGUUGAAACCAGUUAAAAAGGGCUUUUAUGAGAGAACAAGAGAGGAAAGAUGAAAAAAAAUCCAUUCAUUGCUUGAGGGCUGGUGGAAGAGAUCUGCUUAGAUGUGCCUGCCACCAAAAAAUCCCAAGAAGCAGAACAAGAGGAUGCCUGAAACAAGUUAAGCUGUGGCUCUGUGUGUUUCUUAGCAAAUCAUACCGCCUCAUUCUCACAGAAAACACAGAUAUACAGUUAGGAAUUCAUCUUAAACCUUAAAAUGACACUCUGAUCUCACACAUGAGUUUGAAACCCAUGUGCUGCAUUCAUUAUGGGCUCCCCCCCUCCAGGCACACGCCGCUUACAUUUUGACACCAUCCUCCUCAGCACUCGCUGCCUGUUAAUUUUGAUACUGUUGCUAGGGAACUGUCCCCAAGGAUGCAGUUCCACAGGUUUGUGAGUUGGAAAGGUGAUGUGCCGUUCAUAAUACAAAUGCUAAUAGCCUUAAGGGAAGAAAGAGUGAGCGCCCUUCUCCUCUUCUUCACGUCCACCUCCACUGAAGCCUGUUGCUUUUCAGCUGCUGAAAAUAGUCAUUAUCAUCUGUUGAAUUUAUCUCCACACCAGCAUUACUUAAGAAUUUGUUCUGGUGAAGCUCUCACAAAUCAGAACAAGCAGCAGCAGCUCGGCUCAGGGGUGAAAAAAACAAACCAUGACAAACAAAGUUUAUUCAUAGACAUACAUUUAUUGGUAUUCACACGUCAUUAAGCAUUGAUGAUCACACUUUUAUCUCCAUACUUUUGUAUGUGGGUGCACAAAAUGAUGUAACAGGGGCCACAUGUGAAAAGAAGAGGAAGAACUCCCCAUAGGGCUGCCUGUCAACAUUGGUUGUGUUUUAUUUUUAAACAACAUAUCAGAGGCAGAUUGAAAUAAAUACACUAUGUGGUUAUUCACAGAUUGUCCCCGUGUGUCACUCUGCUGCUGUUUGACACUCAUCUCCUUGACUGUGUGAUCAUGUGAGGUCUGAUCCAUGUACACAUUUCUAUACUGGUAGUGGCUCCCUAUAUUCCCUUCACACGCUGAAGCAUACCCUGCUCCCUGUGGCGUGACUGAAGCUGUGUGAUUGAAAAAAAAGGCUCUCCACAGAGGCAAGAGUCACCCCAGAGGACACUGCUGUCUCUCUCCAGACCUCUGUUAACUGCAUGUAGCUGGCCACCACGCUAACGAUCAUUACUUGCCUACCUUUGUUUUCACAACCUCCAAUGUUUGCUAUCAUGCAUCUAAGCUUGUGUCUCUCCUCUCACAGGACAGGGCAAUGAAUCACCUAACUUCAAACAAGGUGUUUGAUAACACUAACACACAUAUAUAUAUAUAUACACACACUCAUACCUUACUGGUGAAAUUAGUUUUUUUAAUAACCAUUAAUAUACCUCAUUAAUCAUUCAAAUGUUUAUAGUUUAAUGGUUUUGAUUUUAUGUUAUUGUCCAAACACUUCUUGCUGUCUUUUUUCUGGAGUUUUUAAUCUGUAUAAAACGUUUUCUGAAGAAAGGCUUUUUACUGUAAUAACAAGUGGGUUACUGGCUGCUUUCUACUCUUUGUGUACAGAAAUAAAAACUUUGUAUUUGGCAAA